CCCUGAGAUUUUUUGUUUCCUCUGUGACCGCUGGGGGUUCAGCGGCAGUUGGGUUCGGUGCCCGCGCCUGGCGCGGGUGGGCCGAGAAGAGCCAUGGCUCCAAAGACGAGCCCAUCGGCAACCAAAGAGUUCUGCAAACGCUUCGUGUGUUCUGCCAGCGUUACUGCUUGUGGCCUGAUGCUCCUGAGGACCUUCCGAAUGACGAGCCCCGCUGGAGUCAGCAUCGACACGAGCCGAAUUCUGCAAGACCUGCGCGUCUCCGAAGAGGAGUUCCAGCCCAUCAAGCCCUUGGCCUCCGUAGCAGCACCCCCUGCAGCACCGGUGACCGCGCCACUGGCAGCGCCAGCGCCACUGGCAGCGGCAGCGCCACCAGUAGCGGCGCCAGUGCCGGCGCCCAAGGCAGCAGAGGUGCCCGGGGCCAGCUACAAUGGCCAUUUUCUUCAUCGCCUCAGUGCCAAGAAGCCUGGGUGUAAAGGCUGCUGCAACCUGGGAGACAAGGUGGUGGACUGCUUGGACGUGGAGAAAUGCGCGGAGAAGGGCCCAGAGAAUGGCAAGUAUGCCUUGGUCCUGAGCCAUUGGGGCCUUCCGAGCGAAGGGAUGCUCCAGUCCAUCGUGUCGAUGAAGGCCGCGGCCCUAGCCAUGAACGCCGAGAUCUUAGUGAUGAUGCUCCAGCACGACGCUGACAGGAUCUCGCCAAAGGUGAAGGCUUUGCUAAAGAAGUGGGAGGUCGCUGUGCACGUGGUGCCAUGGGACGUGCCUCCAGGUUCGAUGUUCAACCCACGUCAUGACUGGUGUGGCCAUCAAGACUUAAUCCGACUUCACACUGUGGGUCUGGAGGGCUAUGAUGCCGUCGCCUACUACGAUGCGGACUGCGAAUUUCAGGGCGACAUUUUACCAGUCCUUCGAUGUGCCGCGACAGGCAAGUUUCUCAGCACCAACGGCGGUGUCGGAGAAGCACUCAAUAUUGGAUUCAUUGCCCUUCGGCCGAGCGCGAAGCUCUUAGAGGCUGCGUUGAUCUUUGCCCGAACCAACAACUUCACCGUGAAAGAUGGUUGGGGCCACACUGGAUGGAAGCCUUGUGGUGGCUACUACGUGGGCGGUGAGUGCGGGCAAGGUUUCUUCUACAGCCUCUACUACUCCAACAGCAAGGCUGCACAGAAGGCCUUGGAAACAGCUGGUGCGGACAAGAACAUCUUUGAAGCUGCACAGAUCGACCGAUGCUUGUGGAACUACCAGACCAGCUAUCAGUGCAGGCAAGACUUUGACUGUGAGCGUGUGCGGGUGCAUCACAAGCCGACCAAGGAACGUGGAACCGACCGGAAUGAGUGCGAGAAGCUCAAGUACCGGCAGCGCCGAAAGGAGCUGGCGAAGAAGAAGCGGGAUGCCCGUGCACCACCCAGCGCGGCAGAGCUGCAAGCCGCCAAAGAAGGAACCUUGCUCCGGCACUUUGCCGGGAUGUGCGUACGGUCCAACGAUGUGGAUGGCCUGUUGCUUCUGCAAGAAUGCAACUCCGAGCCGCAGCUGAACAUCCGUUUGGUGCACCACCUCGGGAACGACGAGGAGGAUGCAGAGUCUCUGGGAGAGGUCUUCGUGCGCUUGGGCCACAGCUGCGCACAUCCCCAAGGCGACGAAGACGAGGAGACGGCGCCCGCGGAGCCGCGCUUGCAGCUGGCGCCCUGUGAUUCCAAGGACCACAACUUCAUUUUCCGACGGCUCAAGGCGGAUCAGGAGGGCUUCAUCUUGGAACACAAGGCUUCCAGGAGAUGCGUGCACCCGUUCGAGGGCCAGGAUCGUCCCAGGGAGGGCACCGAGCUCCUCCUGCACUCCGAUUGCAGCACCGGGCGCAAGGCCUUGACCUUCCGAUCGGAACUCACCAAGGUGAUUCAAGCUGAGCCAAAGGCACCACCGCUGGUCCCUUCACUUCCGCUGACAGUGCCGGAGGAGGAACCGUGUGAACCCAUGGCAGAGCACCCGCAGAGCUCCCGGCCUGGAAAACCGUGCUUGCCACCAGCAAAGGUCUGGCCCUACAAGGUGAAAACCUCCUGGCGCAUUGAUUUGGGACAGAGGAUUUUGAAGGCCGUCACACCACAGAUCACUGAGGAGAUGUGCGAGGGUUUCCACCUCUUCGGAGAUGUGACCUGGUGCCAGAAGGCCUUUACGGCACCGCCCACGGCGCUGGUGGGAUUGUCCUAUGGGAUUGAAGAGCGGGACAUUUGGAGCGAGCUGAUGAGCCAGAAGGGCUUGCACACAAAGCUCUAUGAUUGCUUCAUCCCUCCAGACAAGUCCACACCAAUCAGUGGCAAAGCACCCAAUGGCACCAAGAAGUGCAAGGGUGUAGAGAACAAGCCAUGCUAUAGCGCCACCUACGAGAGCUACAGGAUUUGCCUCGGGGCAGAGGCCAAAGUUGAAGAAGGAAGGCGCUUCGAGACCUUGCUGCCGCACUUGACUCCUUAUCCGCCUUUGUCCGUGCACCUUAAGAUUGAUACAGAAGGCUCGGAAUGGACGGUGCUCGAGCAGCUGAUGGAGAGUCCGGAGAAGAGCAAGAUCAGGACUUUGGAUAUGGAAGUUCACUUCGGCUGGGACAAUCAAGGAAACCUUGCGCACACGAGGAAAAUGUCCAAGAAGGAUUUGCUCGCUGCGCAUGUUGCCAUCAUUGAACGCCUCGCAGAGGAUUUCGCUUGCACAGGUUCGACCCUGGAGGUGUAUCGGGAAGGCUGGAAUCCCAAGGACUGCCCAAAGUCUGGCUGUCCAGAGCCACCAGUCUACUUGCCUGGCGGCUUUAGUGUUGAAAUGUUUGCAGUGAGCUUUGUCAACAAAGCCAUGCUGAAGUGAUCCAAA